UGUCCUUUACCAACGACUACGAUUUGACCUCCCUGAUUUCCAGAAUACAACAAACUUUAAGGAAUUUUUAACUGUUAAUAGAAAAAGAUUAGUAUAACAUGUCUUAUAAACCAGCAGUUCCUGUUCCAGUGGAAGAGCAACCAAUUUUGGAGAAGCUCAUUGGAAUUCGUCAGCGGUUAGCAGUGUUAAAGCGAGAUCGUACCAAAUACAUUGACAAGAACGAUGUUUUUAAUCUAUAUAAUCAAUUAGUGGAACAAUUGGAAUUAAUUGACAAAAGAAGGUCAUCUGAUAAUAUUCGUAAUAUUGUGGAUACUCAAUUAGAGGAUUGUCUACAUUUGCUGUCACUCUUUUAUCUGGCAAUUGGUCGGAAUAAUGACCUUCCUGCAUUCUUUGUGCAACUCGGCACAGUGAGACGAUUAUUGGAAUACAGUUUGGAAGGAGCUUGUUAUACUCAAAAUGAUUUAAAACCUCUGAAAGAGCGAUUGGAGAGAAUACGGGCUGCUGUAUUAGAGGGUGCUCAGAAAGAAGACGCUUCUCCUGUCGUAAUUAAAUAUAUAAGGAACAAACUGGAACAGUGUGACAAAAACUAUAGCGAAGCGCAAAGCAAUAUCUCGAAAAUUGCACCAGAGCUUACUUCAAUUCAAAGUCGGUUGGUGUCAAUUCGUCGCCAAAUUGACGGCUUUGCUGUUCGACCAACGUCGGAUGGAGAGUUUAUUGACCAUUUGAUGAAACAGCUGAAGGAGAUUGAGGAAAUGCGAGAUCCCGAUGGCAAGUUCGUUGACGACCAGAGCCGGCCUUUACAGGGACAAGAAUUAUGCAACGGUAUUUUGGAAGAAUGCUUUAGCUUUUUGGAAGAUGCAAAAUCAAAGCAAGGGCUGACGGAUGAGAUGAAAAGCAGCCCGAAAUUUCAGCAAAUCUACAGUCGUCUUGAUGAGCUUUUAAGUAAACUAAAACACCUCACACUGACACAUCGCUGGACGCUAAGAGAAACCGAUUUGUAUGUUUACAGAGCCUCAUUGGCUGAAAUUGACUCUAUGCGAAUCGAUGGUCAAUUCUUGGAUGAAAAUGGUAAUGCACCUGCUGGUCAAAGAAUUUUGCUUUAUUUAUUAAGACGUUGUUAUGCAUAUAUUUACCAACUGUUAUCUGCCAGUGAACCCGUUUCUGAGGAGCUUAUGGCUGUCCACAACCAGCUGCGUACUGUAAAACGUUGCUUACUGGAGGUACAAAGAAGUGGAGGAAUUUACUCGGAAAGAGAUUUGUACCCUUAUCAGAUGAAAUUGGCUUCGCUUGAAAAACUACGGGUCAAUGGAUACUUUUUGGCAUCAGAUAAUUCGGUUCCUGAGGGCCAGGAAUUGGUCAAUUCUUUACUCACUCAAUGUCAUCAACUUAUUGAAGAACUUCGCGAUGAAAGACACCAGCAUGACAUUGAAGAAGAUGAAGCAAUUACUAAAAGCAGUGAAAGCGGUUAAGGUGUAUAUUUAUGAUGACGAUGAACCUGAGAUGUUUCCUUUUAAAUGAUCAUUUUCUGCAUACAUGAUCUGGUUACAAAAAGUUAUAAAGGCUUUAAAUUAAUAUCCCAUACAUUAUAUUUUAACAAGUACUUUACACUUUAUUUAUUUGGGUGAGUGACGUUUUAUAGAAGCUUUUAGUAUUUAUCGUUAUUUAGAGGCUCAAAUAUUACUUUAGCUAUAAAAGUCUAUUACUAUGCCUUGGAUUGUCUAUGAAUUAUCUGUGCUAGUAGAAAUAUGCAGCAUCGUACAUGUGCAAUUAUAUGUUAAAUACUAAACCAUUACCUUUUGAUUACUUUCAUUCAUUCUUCCUAUA